CGCAAACCCAAGUGCGCGCGAUGUCGGAACCAUGGCAUGGUGUCCUGGCUGAAGGGCCACAAGCGAAGCUGCCGCUACAAGGAUUGCGAGUGUCCCAAGUGCAGUCUGAUAGCCGAGAGACAGAGGGUGAUGGCAGCCCAGGUGGCUCUGAAGAGGCAACAAGCAGUCGAG